UUGCCAGAGACCACCAACUCUGAACUGACAAGCCCUGUAACGACCACAACUCACAUUUCAACUUCAACAACUUUACUGGGUACUUCAACAUCUGCACCGACUACAUCGGCUCCAGUAUCAACUUCAACUACCGCAUUGGCAAGCACAACUGAUAUGUAUAACGGCACAUGUGUAACGGACGCCGACUGUGCUACACCUCCUGGCAGGACUUGCUCUGGUGGUGUCUGCAUAUGUUCCAUCGGAUACGACAUGGACGAGACCAGCGCUGUGUGCAGAAAGCUGACAGACUGUUUAUCCGUUGGAUCUCAGUUCACCCUCUACGUGGACAAAGUCAUCAAAGGGUACGGUGUCCAAAAGUAUGAUUCGAAGACGUCUGCAGAAUGUGCCCAGUUGUGCUUGGAUGCUGACACCGUGUGCAGAUCUUUUGAAAUGGAACAUAAUAGAUGCUUCUUGCAGGCAGUCACGUGGUUUGAUGUCGCUUACAGCAAACGUGCUUCCCAGAACGGUUCGGAUCAUUACCAGCGUAGAUGUAACUGGAAGUAAAUUCUCAAAGUAAAU